AUGACUGCUUUGGCCCCUUCUGCGCUGUCGACGUCUCUCGCAGGGCCGUCCCAAGCAGGCCCAAGUCCUCAAUCACAAUCAUCCUCUCCCGCAAGCCCAACAGCAAACUUCAGCAGCGCGCAGCAGGCUGGUCUCGGUGCUGUCGCGGCAAAGACUAGCCACUCGCAUCUUCGUAGUACGUCGCGUCCAGGCACACCUACAGCGAUCAAUGGCAAUGGCAGCAACUCCAUCAAUGGCAACUCAAGUGGUCCGUCGCUCGAGCCGCCGCCUGGUGUCUCGUAUGCUGAGUUUCUCGCAUCAUGGGGCGAUGCGCACGUUGCACGAUGGCUGAGCGCGCUCGAUCCGCAUGGAAAGUGUGCGGCACACGCGUCAGCAUUUCGUACAGCAGAUGUGCGCGGCAGCGUCCUCCUUGAGCUCGACCAAUCCUCGCUCAAGGAAAUCGGCGUAACCAGCAUCGGUGAUCGCAUACGCAUCUUAAACGCCGUCAAGGCGCUCAGGUUGCGCUGUAGUACACGGCAUACACACGCACAACACGUCGCUGGAGUGGCAUUGGGACAUGGACAGGGUUCAUCGAGUGUGAGCAGCGUCGCGAGCAGUAGCGGCGGGAGCUCUGGUACGACUACGAAUACUAUAACGCACUUGAGCCCCAAGCUCACUGUUACCAACACUGACCCAGCCGACGCCUUCCCACGUCAGCAUCAGCGUAACCGCUCGCGUCCUGCACCUCUGCAGUUGACCAGGUCAUCGCAAACGCAAAAUGACCUCCCGCGACUUAUUCGUGAUGCCGGACCUGUACCCGACAGCGCGCGCUCUGCUACUUCCAUGCGCCCUCUACCCCAACCAAGUAACCAGACGCAGAGCCAGGUGAACACGCCACAGGGAUUCUCAUCGCAUUCACAUUCUUCGUCGGGUUCUGGUUCUGGCGGUAAUUUGGGAGCGAGUGGCAGACAACAUUUGCCUCCGUUGCCUCCACCGCCUCUGACGAAGCCGCCGCUCCCACCAUCCUCAAGUGCUCGCGGACAGCCACCUCGCUUACAAGCUCUCCAGCAAAGUAGCGGGCGUCGUACUCCGACCCAAGCCGAAGCGCCACCACCGCCUCAUUAUGCACCCCCUCCAGUCCCAGGUCAAUCCUCUCAAGGACAAACACAAAACCAAAAUCAAAAUCCUCCAACUGUCCAGACACCAACUCAAUCUCAGAAUCCUGCACUUCUUACGCCGUCGUCUUCCACUUCUGGUGGUGGUUGGAAGGGUGAGUAUGGUUUGCCUGCUGGUCCUCGUUCUGGCCAAGGUGUCAAUUCUCGUGCGACAUCACCGCUUCCUGGGUUUGGACGGCGCUCACCAGGAGGCGUGAAUACACAUACGAAAGCACCGAGCUACAGCGCAACUACAGCUUCCUCUAAUAUGAGCGCCGGAGUCAAGACAGCUCCGCGCCCGAAUACAAGCGGCGGACACCCUUAUGCAACUGCAAGUUCGGGUACAACAACCUUACAACCCCCACCUCAGAGUGGCGGCAACGCAGCCUUGUCUGCUGCGCUUUCACCUAUUGCGGAGUCUUUUAUGGGACAAGGUGGUUUACCGACACCGGUUCCGCCUACCGCAGGUUCUUCCGCUUCAUCUUCUUCCAUGACACUUUCCACAAACCCUAAUGCUUCGGCAUACCAUGGGCGGGGACCAUUCCGCCCUUCAACGCCCUCUUCGCAUACUGCUCAAGGCUCGGGAACAGGUGCACCAUCUUUGGACGAUCUGCGUCGCCGACUCGUGCGCUUUCGUCUUGCAGGAGAUGGACAUAGUGCUAUGGUCAAUGUUGCAGACUGCACAGACGGUGUCGAGAUGCUUGAGCGUGUAUUGCGCAAAUUUGGAAAGCUUUCUGGAUCAGGUCAUGUGGAUGUCACUACUGAGGCCGAUUCUGAUGAAGGCGGUUUGUGCAUCGAUGGCUGGUCUGUGUAUCUUGAUUGGGUAGAGGGAGAAGGACCAGCGAAACCACUCCGCGAAUCCGAGCUUCUUUCUCUAUGCAACGCGGGUCCUGAUCACCCUGUGCGCGAGCGCGGACUAACCUUACGACGCAGGAAACGCUCGAAAACACUACAACAAAUAUUCGGUGAUGUUCCUUCAACGGGUACCUCGGGUUCAGGCUCAGGGUCGCUCUCGCCACGCUCACCCGUUCCAGCAAUUGCAGCCCCGCAAGAUGAUGACCAGUACCUUGGGAACUCGAGCGUUGCAUUCCCGCGCACGUUGACACCAAGCCAAGAACGUGAGCGAGAAAGAGAAAUACGCAACAUGAAACGCGCAAGUUCGAUUAGUGUACUUAGUGGAUUGGGCGUACGCGAUCCGGAACGUAUCCUUGAUACGUCUGAUACGUCUGCGCCGUCUGUGCCUAUAGAGAACAAGUCUGGUGGGAAGAGUCCUAGUGCGUCGAGCUUUGCUGGCAAGAUCCGGACGUUCUUGGGUGCUCGUCCACCGAGCGAGUUGAUUGCGACGCAUUUGCCUGCUUAUUUCCCCAGUACGCAGCCGAAGAUUUUACGUCGUGCUGUACGUCAGUCUAUGCGGUUCAGCUCUGGCGCGGGUAUUGGUGGACGACCUGAAAGUGGGAUCUCUGCGAGUGGUGUGCUUGGCCAGGCCGGGAAUCGUAGAGCGAGCAGGAUGAGUACUUCUACUGCGGGAAGGUCGAGUUUGACGCUGGAGAAUCGGCGUUCGAGCAUGGCGAGUCUUCCACCACCUCCAGUACCAGAUAAGAAUAGGAUGUCGCAAGACGAGGUACCGCGUAUGAGUAUCUCAGCUGAGGACGGUCAUUCCACCGAUCUUCAUGAGAGUGAAGGUGAGAAAGGAAAGGAAGAUGAAAGUGGAAGGCCUACGACUCCGCACCUCCUCCCGCCUGUUGACUUCCCGAGCGAGUCGUUCGCGGAUUCGUUCCACGAUGUUACCGUUGGUGCUUCGACACCUGGUAAUGGCAUGGGUUCGGGUGCACGGUCAGGACCGACACCGAUGAUCUCGCGUACACCUUCGACGGCCUCCCGCGUGUCGCAUCGGUUUAGCUACAUGUCGGAGCUGCGUGCACGACGUGACCUCUCGGAUACUGCAAGUAUGCUCACCGUUGACGAGAUCACUGCGGAGGUUGAGUUGAACCGCCGAAAGAGUUUAGCUGCGAGCAUUCGAUCUGGAGAGAGUCGCUCUGCUGAGACAGGAUCCAUAGCCGGUAGUAAUACUGCUGUAGGCCACAGCGAAGAAAUGGGCGAAGGUGGUAAACAAUCUCCCGCAACAGAGGAAGAGAGCUAUGAUAUGGUCGGAGAGGACGAAGGUGAAGAGGAGAGUGACAUUGAUGAUGAAGACACGCUUGAAGAAGAGUUGGAAGAGGAUGAGGAAGAGACGCUUAAUGUGGAAGAUGAUCAAGAUGCUCCUGUCAAGUCUACUCGAGGAAAACGCGGUGCGAAGUGGAUCCGCGGCGCUUUGAUCGGUGCCGGUUCUUUCGGGAGCGUGUACCUUGGUAUGGACGCAAUGAACGGACUUCUUAUGGCCGUUAAGCAAGUCGAUCUCCCAACCGGCUCAGGUCCGAACGAACAGCGCAAGAAAUCCAUGCUCGAUGCACUCGAGCGCGAGAUUGACCUCCUUCGGGAGCUUCAACACGAGAACAUCGUACAAUAUCUUGACUCCUCGUCAGACGAGAAACAUCUGUACAUUUUCCUCGAAUACGUUCCUGGUGGAAGUGUCACUGCCCUCCUGAGGAACUAUGGAGCAUUUGAAGAGACGCUGUGUAGGCACUUCGUGAAGCAGAUCUUGCAGGGCUUGAGUUAUCUGCAUAGUCGGGAUAUUAUUCAUAGGGACAUUAAGGGUGCAAAUAUUCUUGUGGAUAAUAAGGGUGGGAUUAAGAUUUCGGACUUUGGGAUUUCGAAGAAGGUUGAAGAGACGUUCUUGAGCGGAGGUGUACGUGCACAUCGGCCUUCGUUGCAGGGAUCCGUGUAUUGGAUGGCUCCAGAGGUGGUUAAGCAAGUUGCGCAUACACGCAAGGCCGAUAUUUGGAGUGUGGGCUGUCUGGUCGUUGAGAUGCUGACGGGUAACCAUCCGUACCCAACGCUCAACCAGAUGCAAGCUAUCUUCAAGAUCGGCUCCUCAGCCAAGCCAACAAUCCCAUCAGAUAUCUCACCCGAAGCAGAGGACUUUUUGCAAAAGACGUUCGAGACGAAGUAUGAAGCAAGGCCGGAUGCGGAUGAGUUGUUGCAGCAUCCGUGGAUCGUUCAUGGGCCUUCGUCUUCGUCUUCGUCGGGUUCGGUUGGGUCGAAUGCUAAGCAGGGUUCGACGAAGAGUAAGGGUGCGAAGUCUGGUUGA